GUUGAGGAUGGAGGGCAAAGUGGCUGCUGGAGUGUUGUAAGUGUCCUGGUAAGGUUGGAAAAGGCUCAGCGUGUUUUUGGAUGGAUUUGAGCUGAGAGACACAUUGAAACCGACCUGUUAAUAAAUGACAAUGAGUGUGGACGUGCACUUUUAUGUGUUUAGCCUACCUGGGUUGAGCUUCCCACAAGCCGAAUAGGCCUCGUCUUGUUUACAGUCCUUGUUACUGGCAACAACGUCAUCGAGUCUAUCUGACAUCCCGGAGGCGGGGACCACAGAGGAAACAACCAAUCAGCACGCCGGUUCGAGAGCUGGCGGAGUCGGACCAUAUAAAUAUAGCGGAGCGCGACGGCCGCAUGUCACUAAAGAGGAAACAGAAGUGGAGCCCAAAUUCAUAGCAGAAAAGACUCCUACUCACGAGUGGAUUGAAAACAUCUGAAUUAGUCACUGGACUCCGCUUUGAAUCCAACUAAAGGUACAAAUCGACGACUUGGUACAGUACAGUUCCACUAUUUUGGAAGUUUUGCUCUGUUUUUGAUAGAUUUGAUCUUCAGUAUAAUAAUACAGCGGGACUUUGUGCCGGAGAUUGAAUCAAUUGGGACACUGAAGCCUCGGUGUCCAAGCAGCAGCUUUGCAGCGCACUCUUGUAUUUGACUGUCUAAUUUGAAAUAUGUCCACAAUAAUGGAACAGCCUUUUUAUGACGACUCGUUUCUCUCUGCUUAUGGCCAUCCAGGCGCAGCCCUGCCAGACUACAAGCUGCUAAAGCAGAAUAUGAACUUGAACUUCUCCGACUCAUAUCGGAACUCAAACUUCAAGUCACAGCACCUGCGCGCCGACAGUGAUUUCUAUUCCGCGGGGACAGCGGACGUGGGCUCCCUGAAGCUCGCCUCUCCUGAACUGGAGCGAUUGAUCAUCCAGAACAGCAACGGGGUGAUCACUACAACGCCGACACCUGCACAUUACCUCUACAACCGCGGGAUCACAGAGGAGCAGGAGGGCUUUGCUGACGGUUUUGUUAAAGCAUUGGACGACCUACACAAGAUGAAUCAGAUGGCUCCUCCAAACGUGUCCAUCAGCGCCGGUGGGGUUGCCUGCUCGACUCCAGCUUCAGUGUUCGGCUCAUCCAUGCAGCCAGAGCUCGAGUACACCACCCUGGGCGGCUGCAGCACGAACGCCAGCCUGUCUUCUGCAGCCAACUAUCCUUCCACCACUAUCAGCUACCUGCCGCACCACCAGUAUCACCAGCAUCCCCAGGCCGUUGCGCACGGAUCUCACCAUUUCCAGCACGCCCUGGCCGGUGCGGGCAUCCAUUCGCAGCGGUACGGCGGGUUGAAAGAGGAGCCUCAGACAGUCCCCGACAUGCAGAGCAGCGACAGUGGGUCUCCGCCAAUGUCUCCCAUCGAUAUGGAGAACCAGGAGCGGAUCAAAGCGGAGCGCAAGCGGCUGAGGAACCGGCUCGCAGCUUCCAAGUGUCGGAAGCGCAAGCUGGAGCGCAUCUCUCGUCUGGAGGACAAGGUGAAAAUUUUGAAAACUGACAACGCCGGACUGUCAAACACGGCUUCUGUACUGCGAGAGCAGGUGGCCCAACUCAAACAGAAAGUCAUGACACACGUGAGCAGUGGCUGCCAGCUCAUGUUAGCGCCCAAAGUCAAGUCUUAUUGAAGAAACAAUGCACUUUUAAAAACACUGGACAAGAACUGCACUGACAACACGAUGAACAAUGUCUUUAUACAUUGUCUGUGAGAGAGAACCGGACCAUUAUGGUUUCUUUGGCUGAAAGAGAAAAAGCCUACAAAGAAAUCCUAGACUAAAACACUUCGGGCAUUUUUGAACAAGUUAUUGAAAGUGUCGUCCUGACUUUGCCUGUUUACAUUUAACUUUAAUUGCAAUUUGUCAUUCAUUCUUAUGUAACUUAUUUGUGUUUGUCAGGUUGAACCUGCUGAGUUUUUACUUGUACAGUAUAUAUUUAAGUAAAUGAAAUUAUGAACCCGA